AUGCGCGACCCCUUCCCCAUCGCCCCGAUCCCGGCCCUCUCAGCCUGGAUCCAACCCUACGCCGACGCCCUUCACCUCCCGACUCUCCCUCUGCACAUCCACGAAGUCCUCGGCGCCGCCGCCUUCUACACCUUUGUGCACACCAUCCUCUCCCCCAUCAUCUCCAACGCCUUCUUCUCGAAAUACUACCCCAAGAACCACCGCGCCAGAAAGGCCAACUGGGAUGCCCAUGUCGUUUCCCUCGCGCAGUCAGUCCUGAUCAACGGGCUGGCGCUAUGGACGAUGUACUAUGACGAGGAGAGGGCCAACAGCGACUGGGAGCAGAGAGUAUGGGGGUACACUGGAGCAAGUGGUAUGAUCCAGGCUCUGGCAGCGGGAUAUUUCGUCUGGGACUUGGGAAUCACGCUGUUGAAUCUGGAUAUUUUUGGGUUGGGGCUGCUGGCGCAUGCGGUGAGCGCGCUGGCGGUUUAUACUUUUGGAUUCCGCCCCUAUCUGAACUACUACUCCUCCAUCUUCAUCCUCUACGAGCUCUCCACCCCGUUCCUGAACAUCCACUGGUUCUUUGACAAGCUGAACAUGACCGGUUCCAAGCCGCAGCUCUACAACGGGAUCGCGCUUUUGGUCGUCUUCUUCUGCUGCAGACUCGUCUGGGGAACGUACCAAUCCGCUGUUGUGUAUGUUGACAUGUGGAAGGCUGUGCAGAGGGGCCCCGAUGCGGGUUACAUUGCUGCCGCGUUUGAGAAGGCUUCUGGGGUGGACAAGAAUUUGAUGCAUUUUGCCAAGGAUGCGGGGCCGGUGCCGGUUUGGUUGGCGGUCACGUAUGUGGCGAGCAAUCUGACGCUGAACACGCUGAACUGGUAUUGGUAUUUCAAGAUGAUUUCUGCGGUGAAGAAGAGGUUUGAGCCGGCGAAGAAGGAGAAGGCUGCUGUUCCUGCUGGGGGUAAGGGGACUGGCAAUGUGGCGACGGGGGCGAUGGUGGGGGAGAAGCAGGGGCUGAGGCAGAGGGCGCACUCGAUUGAGGAUGUGGUGCCUGAUUCAGAGGAGCUGAGGCAGGGGACUAUUCAGUAG